UGGACGGGCUGCCCGUGGCCUACACCCGGGGCUCAAGGGCCUCGACCUCUCGCCCGAGGAGAUGGAGCGCCGCGUGCGCGAGGCGGAGAACGGCAAGGGUGCGGGCAACUACACCGUCGUUGCCGUCAAGCGGUGAGUGGCACUCGUGGAGCAGAAGCGCCAUGCAGGCGGUGGUGGAAGCGCCGGAGCUGGCAGUGAAGCAGGCCGACAGCGCGCCUGUGCUUCGUCGCGACUGCCUGCUCAUUCGUGCGCUCGCAGAUGCACUGUCAUUGCCACGGCGGCAGCGCUGUGCAUGUGGGACUACCGCCGCACGCUCAACGCCAAGUACGCCACCAAGGACGCCGAGCAGGAGGCGCUGGCCGACUGCCACCUGCGCUCGGCGCAGCGGCUGCUGGCGGCGCUGCAGGAGAACGGCGGCCUGUACAUCAAGCUCGGACAGCACCUCUCGGCGCUGGCGCUGCUGCCGACGGAGUACACGCGCACGCUGCGGCCGCUGCAAGAUGCCAACGAGCCGACGCCGCUGCCCGAGCUCGAGGCUAUGUUCCGCGCCGAGACGGGCAAGACGUUCGAGGAGUGCUUCUCCGAGUUUGACAUCAAGCCGCUCGGUGUCGCCAGUCUGGCGCAGGUGCACCGCGCGCGCGACCGCGAGACGGAUGAGUGGAAGGCCGUCAAGCUGAUGCACCCGCAAGUCGAGCGCUUCAGCGAGAUUGACGUCAAGACGGUCAACGUGCUGGUGCGCUGGGUCAAGCGCGUCUUCCCGCAGUUCGAGUUCACCUGGCUCGCCGAGGAGAUGAACGAGAACCUGCCGCUGGAACUGGACUUCACGCACGAGGCUGGCGCGUCAAGACGCGCGACGGCUGACUUUGCCGGCUACCGCAAGACGGCGCUCGUCAUCCCCAAGGUCGAGUACGUGUCGAAGCGCGUCAUGAUCAUGGAGUACAUCAACGGCCGGCGGCCCGACGACCUCGAGUGGCUGCAGGAGCACGACAUCGACCGGAACCGCGUGAGCCAGGAGCUCAGCCGCAUCUUCGCGCAGAUGCUCUACGUGCACGGCUUCUUCCACGGCGACCCGCACGCCGGCAACGUGCUCAUCCGGCCGGCCCAGAAGGGCAGCCGCUCGCCGUACAACUUUGAGCUCGUGCUCCUUGACUUUGGCCUGACCUUCGACAUCGACCGCCAGCUGCGCACCAAUUAUGCGCGCUUCUGGCUCAGCCUGCUCUCGUCCAGCACGCCUAAGGUGCAGGCGGAGCGCCGGCGGCUGGCGGGCCUCAUCGCCAACAUCCCCGACGAGCUCUACCCCAUCUUGGAGAGCGCCAUCACGGGCAAGUCGGGCCUCGAGGGCAGCGACCCGGACAACCCGCACGGCGUGGCGGGCAAGUCGCGCGCCUCGAGCCUGCUCGACUUGCCGUCUGGCGGCGCAGAGGUGACGGAGGAGGAGCAGGAGCACAUCCGUAAGGUGAGACGCGUAGCUCUUGCGGUGCCCGUCUGCGUGCUGACCGUUGCGCGCUACAGACCGUCAUGCAGAAGGAGGGUCUGUUCGUCUCGAUCCUCGACAUGCUGCGGCGCGUGCCGCGGCGGAUGCUGAUGGUGCUCAAGAUCAACGACCUGACGCGCUCGCUCGACCUCAACCUGCACACGACGC